CUUUGUCAGUGCCCAAAAAGAAAAGAAAGAAGUUCUCAAAAAAGUGAAAAAAGAAGAAAAAAAGAGACUCUUAGAAACCAAGAUUGAUACGACGGUUAAGAUUACACGCGCUCAAAUCAGCAAGACCGUUGUUCUCAAACAUAUCACAUGUUAUCAUAAAGAAGGCUACGUCAAGAUUGAUAACGAAUUUGCCAAACUCUUUACGUUCGACUCGGCACACUCGUUCGAAACAAGUCUUCGAGGUCACUUCAAGUCUGAGCGUGUUUCCAAGCUUGAUAUCCGCAUUAUAGGCACAGCCGUAUCGUUGUGGUACCUACGUCUCGUAGCUGUGGACCAUCGUGUAGAAUGGGAAUCAAGUUACAAGCGUUCUUAUGCUUGGAUAUCUGCUCAAAUUAAUGAUGCCAAACUUGAACAAGAAGUACAUGAAUUCGCUAAGACUUACAUUAUCGAGAGAUACCGAGUUGACGAUGAAUCGAUUAAAGCCGAUGCUUCAUUCGAAGUCGCUUUUCAAGCUCAUGUCGAAGAGAAGAAAUCCACUCAUAGCGAAACCGUUGUAGAGGAAGUUAAAGUAAUUGAAAAAUCAGGGCAUGGUGGAAAGACCUCGCACGGCGAAAGUCAUUCAGGAGGCAAAGCGACCGUCGAAAAAACGAUCGAAAUUGAGGAGGUUAAAGUAAUUGAAAAAUCAGGGCAUGGUGAGAAGACCUCGCACGGCGGAAGUCAUUCAGGAGGCAAAGCGACCGUCGAAACAAAGACCAAAACUGAGGAAGUUAAAGUAAUUGAGAAAUCAGGGCAUGGUGAGAAAACCUCGCACGGCGGAAGUCAUUCAGGAGGCAAAGCGACCGUCGAAAAAACGAUCGAAAUUGAAGAGGUUAAAGUAAUUGAAAAAUCAGGGCAUGGUGGAAAGACCUCGCACGGCGGAAGUCACUCAGGAGGCAAAGCGACCGUCGAAACAAAGACCGAAAUUGUAGAGGAGGUUAAAGUAAUUGAAAAAUCAGGACAUGGUGAGAAGAUCUCGCACGGCGGAAGUCACUCAGGAGGCAAAGCGACCGUCGAAAAAACGAUCGAAAUUGAAGAGGAGGUUAAAGUAAUUGAGAAAUCAGGGCAUGGUGAGAAGACCUCGCACGGCGGAAGUCACUCAGGAGGCAAAGCGACCGUCGAAACAAUGAUCGAAACCGUAUCAGUUCAUAAGUCUGCUCCCAUUAAAGAUACUAAAUUUACCGGGCCGCAUGUCAAACCUACUGAAACUAAGACCGAGACUCAUAGCGAAACCGUUGUAGAGGAGGUUAUAGAAGUAACUACAGUGACGGGGAAAGACGGACAUCUUGAUUCUGAAUUGAUUGUUUCUGGUGCAGCUUAUCAAGCACUCCGUAAAUUUAAAUGCCAGCGCAACAAAGUCAAGACGACCAUUGCAUAUGAUAAAACAGAUGCAGUUGGGAAAGUUUCGGCGUAUGCUAAAGCGGAAGUUGACAAACUCGUUGCUAAGAAUGAGACCCAUAAUAAGGAGGAUGUCUCGAGUCGAGCAGUUCGUGUUGCCCGAUUCCUUCUUGAGAAUUAUUAUGAUGAUGUUAAUGACUGCAAAUGCUUUGAAGAAAAAGAGAAGUAG